CUCAUCUUCCCACCGACCCCAACAACCUACUUACAUCGAAGGCCGGCGAGCAGCCGGUCUAUGCUAGCUCCGAUGCUGCAAAGCACAUGAUCUGCCCACCCAGACGCGCGGGAGAGUUAUAAGGGGUGCCGGGCGCCGCGGUCUCACAAUCGAUCACCGUGCGCCGUUACUUGCCAUCCCGUGAAUCUCAAUCUCAUCUCCUUCCAUCACUCCAUCAUCAUGCUCGUCCUCUCCUGGUUAACCCACAUCCUCGCAGUCACAGCGGCUCCGGUGGGCAGCACAACCGCGGACGUUUUCCCCCCACCCAAUACCGAGGUCGACACGGGGUUAUUUCCGCACCGCACCGUCGUCGGCUUUCCGCAUGUCACCCGCACCGGCGCCCAACCCGGCGCGUUCUUUACCGCGCCGGCAGACCAGUUCCCACGCGCACAGCAACCAUUUGGGCCUGUCGUCUUGCCUCGUCCUAAGGGCUGGAAGCCGCCCAAGAAGCCCAAGAAGGGCAAGUUCGAUCCAAUCACCUCCUGGGGAUAUCUCACGCCGCGCCACUCGCUCGACCCCUGCACGUGGGGGGCGUGCGAUGCGUCGCCUAUCGUGCCCGAGCAGUGCACGCUGAGCGCAGUUCACAUUCUUAUGCGUCACGGCGCGCGCUACCCGACUGCAGGGGACGCGGCGGAGCACUUUGCCACCCGACUUCUGAACGCGUCCAAGACCGGUGACCUCAAGGCGACUGGCGAUCUUGCAUUCCUCAAUGAGUGGACGUACAAACUCGGCAGUGACAUCCUUGUCCCCUUCGGCCGGCUGCAGUGCAUGGAGCUGGGCGUCAGAAGCCGUCUCGCGUACGGGCAGCUGCUUAACGACUUCACCGAGAAGGGCACCCUUCCCGUGGCGUUUGGACAGGGCUUCUUUGGGCGCGACUCGGAUAAGCAGUUUGGCAUGACAAUCGCGAUCGAAAACAAGGGAACCAACGCGACUGUCUAUCCCGGCGGUGGAACGUGUCCAAACUCGGAAAGGGACGUCGUCGCGUCCAAGCUCGGCAUGGCCGAGUUUGUCAACCGUACGAUGGCUGGAACGGCCGAGCGCCUCCAGGCGCAUCUGAAAGGAUACACAAUCACGCCCGCGGAUGUGCAAAUUAUGCUGAGCUUGUGCGCGUACGAGACGCUGUCACUGGGCUACAGCGCGUUCUGUCCGCUUUUCACCGAGGAGGACUUCCGGAACAUGGCGUAUGCGUACGACAUCAUGUUCUACUACGGCAACGGGUUUGGAGGGCAGACAACCGCUGCGCAAGGGAAGGGCUGGGUGCAAGAGUUCCUUGCGCGACUCACUCACACCCCCAUUGAGGUGUACGACAGCAGCACCAACUCGACGCUCGACGGCAACCCCGAGACGUUCCCGCUUAACCAGAGCAUCUACGCAGACGCGUCUCACGACUCGUACAUCAUGAGCACCAUGGUCGCGCUGAACCUCACGGCGCUCAACACCUUCGGACGCCUGCCUACCGACAUCGGCGGUAGUCUUGAAGAGCGCGUAUAUUACUCUUCGAAAAUUGUGCCAUUCAACACCAACUUCGUCGCACAGGUGAUGCGGUGCGAUGGGCGAGAAGGGGAGCAGAUCCGGUUUAUCCUCAACGAUGCUGUCAUUCCUCUGCAGGACUCGUAUACCGGAUGCGAGGAGGACAAGGACGGGCUGUGCGGGCUCAAGCAUGUUGUUGCCGCGCUGCAGACGCGCGUGGCGGAGAUUGACUAUUUCAAGGCAUGCAAUGGUCCCAUCUUCAACAUCACCGAGACGAGCCAGCUGAGGGACAGCAACGGGAUGCCGUAUGUGUAGAAAGACGGGGUGACAGUAUUGUAUGUAUGUAAUGGUUUAUCUGUCG